CGUCACUGACUGUGGGAAGAGAAGCCCCACCUGACAUGUUACAGGUUGAAGGAAACUUAAAAGCAGCAGCUGCCCUGUCCUGUCCGCUUGUUACUGGACGCGAGGCUCCUUUGACCUCGAGACUGAAGAUGAGGUUGCCAUGGGAACUGCUCGUCCUGCAGUCGUUCGUGGUGGGCCUUGCAGACGACCACACGCUGCAUGGCCCGGUGUUCGUUCAGGAACCAAGUCACGUCAUGUUCCCUUUGGGCGCCGAGGAGGAGAAGUUGAAGCUCAGCUGUCAAGUCAGGGGGAACCCGAAGCCUCACAUCAGGUGGAAGUUAAAUGGAACAGACGUGGACAUAGGCGUGGAUUUCCGCUACAGUAUUGUUGAGGGCAGCUUGCUGAUCAGCAACCCGAAUAAAACCCGAGAUGCGGGGACGUACCAGUGCGUCGCCACCAACUCCUUCGGAACCGUGGUCAGCAGAGAGGCCAGGCUGCAGUUUGCCUAUCUCGAGAACUUCCAAACAAGAGCAAGAAGCACAGUGUCAGUGCGCCAAGGCCAGGGCAUGGUGCUGCUGUGCGGACCGCCCGCCCACUCCGGAGAGCUGAGCUACGCCUGGAUCUUCAACGACUACCCCUCCUACCAGGAUAACCGGCGCUUCGUCUCUCAGGAGACUGGGAAUCUGUACAUCGCCAAAGUGGAAAAGUCGGAUGUAGGGAAUUACACCUGUGUGGUCACCAACACCGUGACCAACCACAAGGUCCUGGGGCCGCCCACACCGCUGAUGCUGAGGAGCGAUGGGGUGAUGGGCGAGUAUGAGCCCAAAAUCGAGGUGCAGUUCCCAGAGACGGUCCCGACGGCCAGGGGAGCCACGGCGCGGCUGGAGUGCUUCGCCCUCGGGAACCCCGUGCCCACGAUUAUCUGGAGACGGGCGGACGGGAGGCCGAUCGCGAGGAAGGCCAGGAGGCACAAGUCGAACGGAAUCCUGGAGAUCCCCCACUUCCAGCAGGAGGACGCCGGCUUAUACGAGUGUGUGGCCGAAAACUCCCGAGGGAAGAACGUCGCAAGGGGACAGCUGACUUUCUACGCUCCACCCAGCUGGAUUCAAAAAAUAAGCGAUAUCCACGUGGCCAUUGAAGAAAGUGUCUUCUGGGAGUGCAAAGCCAGCGGGAGGCCCAGACCCACGUACAGGUGGCUGAGAAAUGGGGAGCCGCUGCUCGCUCAGGACAGAGUCCACGUCGAGCAGGGCACGCUCAACAUCACCGCGGUGAGCCUCUUGGACGCGGGCAUGUACCAGUGCGUGGCCGAGAACAGGCACGGGGUCAUCCUCUCCAGCGCGGAGCUGAGCGUGAUAGCCGUGGGCCCAGACUUUUCAAGAGCCCUCGUGAAAAGGGUGACGCUGGUGAAAGUAGGAGGUGCGGCCGUCAUCGAGUGCAGACCCAAGGCUUCCCCGAGGCCUGUCUACACCUGGAAGAGAGGCAGGGACGCGAUAAGAGCAAAUGAGAGAAUUACCGUUUCUGAAGACGGAACCCUUAGGAUCGUGAAUGUGACGAAAGCCGACGCGGGGAGUUACACCUGUGUGGCCACAAACCAUUUCGGGACCGCCAGCAGCACCGGGAGCCUGAUCGUGAAAGACCCAACGAGGGUGACGGUGCCCCCCGCCAGCAUGGAUGUCACCGUCGGGGAGAGCAUCGUGCUCACCUGCCAGGUGAGGCACGACCACUCGCUGGACAUUGUGUUCACCUGGUCGUUCAACGGGCACCUGAUAGACUUCGACAGAGACGGGGACCACUUCGAAAGAGUCGGAGGGGAUUCAGCUGGCGAUUUGAUGAUCCGAAACAUCCAGCUGAAGCACGCGGGGAAGUACGUCUGCACCGUGCAGACCAGCGUGGACCAGCUGUCCGCAGCCGCCGACCUGAUCGUCAGAGGUCCCCCAGGCCCCCCCGAGGCAGUGACCAUAGACGAAAUCACGGAUACCACCGCCCAGCUGUCCUGGAGGCCCGGGCCCGACAACCACAGCCCGGUCACCAUGUACGUGAUUCAGGCCCGGACCCCGUUCUCCGUGGGCUGGCAGGCCGUCAGCACAGUCCCCGACGUCGUCGACGGGAGCACGUUCACGGCCGCCGUGGUGGGCUUGAACCCCUGGGUCGAAUAUGAAUUCCGCACAGUGGCGGCCAACGCCAUUGGGAUCGGGGAGCCCAGCCUGCCCUCUGAGAAGCGGAGGACAGAGGAGGCCCUCCCCGAGGUCACCCCGGCCAACGUCAGUGGUGGUGGAGGCAGCAAGUCCGAGCUGGUCAUAACCUGGGAGACGGUGCCCGAGGAGCUGCAGAACGGACGGGGCUUCGGGUACGUGGUGGCCUUCCGGCCCCACGGCACGGCGACCUGGAUGCUGACGGUGCUGGCCUCGGCCGACGCCUGCCGAUACGUGUUCCGGAACGAGAGCGUGCGCCCCUUCUCCCCCUUCGAGGUCCGAGUGGGCGUCUACAACAACAAGGGGGAGGGCCCCUUCAGCCCCGUCUCGGUGGUGUACUCCGCAGAGGAAGAGCCGACCAAACCGCCGGCCAACCUCUUUGCCAGGAGCCUUUCUGCCACCGACGUUGAGGUUUUCUGGGCCUCCCCCAAAGAGAAGAACAGAGGACGGAUACAAGGCUACGAGGUUAAAUACUGGAGGCAUGGUGACAAGGAGGAAAACGCUAGGAAAAUACGGACUUUCGGAAAUCAGACGUCCGCGAAGAUCACCGACCUGCGGGGCAGUGCGCUCUACCACCUCGCGGUCCAGGCGUACAACACGGCGGGGACGGGCCCCUCCAGCGCCACCGUCAACGUGACCACCAGGAAGCCGCCACCCAGUCAGCCCCCCGGGAACGUCAUGUGGAAUUCAUCGGACUCCAAGAUCACCCUGAACUGGGACCAGGUGAAGGCUCUGGAAAACGAGUCGGACGUGAGGGGCUACAAGGUCUUGUACCGAUGGAGCAGGCAGAGCCGCACGUCUGUCAUCGAAACCAACCAGACGUCGGUGGAGCUCUCUCUGCCUCUGGACGAAGACUACAUCAUAGAAAUCAAGCCCGUGAGCGACGGGGGCGACGGCAGUGCCAGCGAGCAGAUCCGAAUCCCAAAGAUAACAAAUGCCUACGCCCGCGGCGCGGGGCCCUCCACCUCCAACGCCUGCGCGCUCUCGGCGCUCAGCACGAUCGUGUUCUCGCUCACAGCCAGGUCCAGCUUAUGACGAACGGCGCCCGGGACUCGCUGUCCGCGGGAUAAGCGACUUCCAGCUCGUUGCUUUGAAGACACCCAGGACUAAGUAAUGUCGCUGUCCGAGCACAUCUUAUUCCUGGGGAGAAAUGUUCUGCUUCUUUAGGAACGGCAUUAUCCAGGACUUCCUCAAGGCGGGUCUCCCUUUGUCCGCGGGGUCCCAGGAAACUCCGAAAUGCACUGAAGACAUCCGUAACGCGAUGUUACCAAAGCAGUUUACAUAUGUCCUUAUAUGCAUAUUUUUUAUUAUAUAUUUAGUGUUUUAUAGAAUUUUUUAAAGUUAACAUGAAAUGCAGAUAUUGAUUUUUUCCCCCGGCUAUGAAAUGCAGUGGGCACCGCAAUCAUGCAACUAUCGUUUGGAAAUAUUUCCCUUAGAGACAGAGUUUGAAACUCGCCUCGCUCAGUCAGUCGCAAGUUGCCUGUGCGGCGUCACCGGAUGGAGUGGCGGGCGGCCGGGCCUGCCCGGGACUCCCGGCUGCUGGCUGUGCGGGACUCUCCGGACGCCUCACGCGUUGGACCAGGUCCCCUGGCGUGUACAAUGUUUUUCCGCUCUGUUGUGAAUUUCCUUGUUCGGCACAACUCGCGAUGGUUUCGGGAAUGGCUGCAAUUUCAAAACCUAAGCUCACUGCCCGAGAGGUCCCUUGUGCAAUAUUCUCGCUCUCAACCUAGCAUGGACCGUAAGACUCUCCGCUCUCCUGAGUUAGUUGUCUCCGCAGUAACCUGAUCUCAGACGUGACAUCUGACGUUGCAUAUCCUGUAGUAACAUAGUGACACAGACCAAAAGUUACUAUAGUCAAGUCUUUCAGAUGCUAAGAGAUCAUUUCACUAUCUUUCAAUGUAUAUGUUUGAAUGUACGUUUUUUAAACAAAGGUAAUUCUCUCUUCGCGGAUUCAUAAUUUCUUUCCAGAAUUUCUUAUCUAGAAUACGUGUAUCUCUAAUAAUAGAGCCCCCCUUUGGAGUCAGACUCACGGCUGGAGUUCGGCAGACUUCUCUUCUUUCAGCAAAUAGUUGCUGCAAAGACUUUUUUCCACGACCCUCUAAAAGAUCAUUAGUACAGUUGGUGUGGUAUCUCUAUGAAUCUCCUGUUUUGCAGUCAGUAGCCUAGACGCUUUAUACGCCUAACCUUCUAAGUCUUAAAAUCACACGUUGGAAAGUGAGAGUAUCAACAGAGACCUAUUUGUUAUAAUGGGGGAGGUUUUGUAGCCGGUACUAGUGGACCAGUGCAUAUCAAAGGCAAUGAUAUUUUCUACACAGAUUUUCACCUGUAAACACGCUGCCACUUUUCCUCUUCCCCAGAGGGCUCAGAUUUGCCUGCAGUUGUCAUUUUUGCUUACCAGAUAAUACGUCUACUCUUUGACCUUCUCACUAUAUUUAUGCAACCAAGUCAUAUUCAGGAUUCCACUUGUGUAAAAACUAGGGUGGCGACAGGGAAAAUACUGUCGGUAUUUCAAGCUGUGUUCCUUCCUUAGUUUGAUAUGGUUCCUUCUCUGUUAAAACAAAAUUUUAAAUCACACACACACAAAAACCACCACAAAAUAAUAAAAUGACUGAAAAGAAAAGAAAAGCCACCCCAGGCAGCCCCCAACCCCAGUGUCAACGGUAUUUACCAGUGAUCUAGAAGCAUAUGUAAUCUUUUCUUAAAGCUAUUGUUAAUAAAUAUUCUGUCAUUCGUAAAGAUGCUUGUCUUUCGGGAGCCUUCUUCCUGCCUGCCUGUGAGGGACUUUGUCAGCUCACCUGAGCUAGUUAUAGUUUGAGAUCCCAGAGGGACUCAGACGCCUCUGGCCAGGAUCCAAAGCUAGAUGACCCUGAGCCACUCCUUUGGAAGUGACAACCCCGCAGACACCAUUUCAAAUCCCCUUUGCAGGUUGAGAGGGUCAAAACCCACAAAUAAAUGUCCUGAGAUCAAACCUGAACACUUCCCCUCGAUUAGCGAAAUCCUGUAUCUCUAAUCUAAGGACCUCUGCCGUUUGGAGGUUUUCCCCACCCCCUCGUUAAAAAGAUAAAACCUAACCGCGAGCAUCUGAGGCCCUUUAAAACCUUCCAACAAGCUAACCCGGGCCCAGCCACACCGAGCCCCCCCAGCCCCGAGCGCGGCUUGCGUCCCGUCUCACCUCUGUG